ACUCACAAAACUUUUAUCUCUUUAAUUUGAGGCAAUUAUUCUCAUCUCAAAUUAUUACAAUUUUUAGCUCUAUUAGGAUGGGAACUGAAAGUGAAUUUGACUCAACAGUAGUCGCAACAAAAACUGGAAUCAACGCACCAUUGUCAUCUCCAAGGGACAAUAUGUGUCUUAGUUUGAUUGAACCUCAUAUUAAGAAUAAAACAUCUUCCGAAGAAUUGAACAUGAUUUUGACUCAAUAUGUAGACACAUUAUCCCAGAGGAUGAAAUAUCAUAUAGGUUAUCCAAUUAACCUUUCUUAUGAGCAUCAUGCCACUUUAGCCCCACUUUUGCAAUUUCAUUUGAACAAUUGUGGAGACCCCUUUACUCAGCACCCUACAGAUUUUCAUUCAAAAGAUUUUGAAGUGGCUGUUUUAGAUUGGUUUGCACAACUCUGGGAAAUAGAGAAAGAUGAAUAUUGGGGAUACAUUACUAGUGGUGGCACUGAGGGCAAUCUCCAUGGCCUUUUGGUUGGAAGAGAGCUACAUCCUAGUGGGAUAUUAUAUGCAUCAAAAGAUUCACAUUACUCGAUUUCCAAAGCAGCAAGAUUGUAUCGAAUGGAGCUACAAACUAUUAACAGUUUAGUUAAUGGGGAGAUUGAUUAUGAAGAUUUACAAUCAAAGUUACUUGUCAACAAGAACAAACCAGCCAUCAUCAAUAUCAAUUUUGGAACUACCUACAAAGUAGCAAUUGAUGAUGUUGAUAUGAUCCUACAAAUACUUGAAAAUUGUGGUUAUUCCAAUGAUAGGUAUUACAUCCAUUGUGAUGCUGCACUAUAUGGGCUAAUUGUCCCCUUCAUCAACCAUGCGAAAAUAAUUACCUUCAAGAAGUCAAUAGGCAGUAUUUCAGUUUCAGGCCACAAGUUUUUGGGAUGUUCCAUGCCUUGUGGAGUUCAAAUAACAAAGAGAACUUACAUUACUACAAUCUCAAAACAAGUCGAGUAUAUUGCCUCAAUAGAUAAUACAAUUUCUGGAAGUCGAAAUGGUUUGGCACCAAUAUUCUUAUGGUAUAGUUUAAGCAUGAAAGGUAAUGCCGGAUUGCAAAAAGAUGCCAAAAUAUGCUAUGAAAAUGCUAGGUAUUUGAAAGACCGGCUUCAUAAAGCAGGAAUUAGCGCUAUGCUCAAUGAAUUUAGCAAUAUCGUGGUGUUUGAACGACCUUGUGAUAAUAAGUUCAUUCGUCGUUGGCAACUAUCUUGCGCAAGGGAUACGGCACAUGUUGUGGUUAUGCCAGGCACAACAAAAGAAAUCAUAGACAAUUUUUUCAAGGACUUAGUGCAAGAGCGGGAAAAAUGGUGUGGAAUAACUUUGGGUCCUUGUCUUGCUGAUGAUAUAGGUUCUCAAAAUUGUCUAUGUUCCUAUCGCAACAUGCAUCACUAAAUUCCUUUGGAAUGGUCUUGAUCAUGGAGCAUGUUGGAGUGACUCAAAAAUUUGUUAUUAGAGUCUGAAAAUAAAUAUUUUCAUGUAUCUUUUUAUUUGGUUUUUUUAUUUACUUUUUGAAAUGAAAAGAUUCUCUUUAUCAUCUUGUAUGCAAUAAAUUUUAAAUAUGCA